AUGAAUAAUAAUAAUAAUUUUGAAAAUAAAUUUUGGAAAGUUUUUAGAAAUAAAUAUUUAAAUUAUAAAAUUUUUUAUUUUAUUUAUAAUGGGGAUGAAUGGUGGAGUCAAUGUAAAGAAUAUAGAGAUAUUAAUUGUAUAACUAGUAAAGUUAGGUUUAAACAUAUUCAAUCAUUUAAAUGGAUGAUUGAAAAAAGGUUAUUUCAAUUAUUAAUUUGUAAAUUAAAUGCAAAUGAAUUAAUUUCAUUUGAUAAUGAUUCAAUUUCAAAUUUUAUAAAUUUACUAUAUCAAGAAGAAACAAAUAAACAAAAUAACUUUUUACCUGAAUUUACUCAAAUAAUAAAUUUAUUAUUACUAAAAAAGGAAUAUAAACAACAAUUAUCUGACCAAAAUUUUAAAAAAAUAAAACAAUUCCAAGAAUUAAAUAGUUUUUGUUCAACAAAUUUAAAAGAAAAUAAUAAUAAUAAUAAUAAUAAUAAUAAUAAUAAUAAUAACCAUUUAAAUAAUAAUAGUAAUUAUGAUAAUAAUAAUAAUAAUAAUAUUAAUAAUAAUAACCAUUUAAAUAAUAACAAUAAUGAUAAUAAUAAUAAUUUAAAUUUAGAAGAAAUUAUAAUAAAUGAAAAAAUGAAAUUAUUAUUAUUAAAAUAUAAUAAUUGUAAAGAAUUUAAUCAUGAAAUUUGUAAAUUAUUUUUAUCAAGUGUUAUGGAUAAUUUAAAAUUAUUAAAAGAAUUUUUAAAAAAUGAUUAUAAUUUUCACCUUUUUAAUACAAAAAGAUUUAAAUAUGAAUUAUAUAAAAAUAAAUUUAUAUUGUAUAAUAGUGAAAAAGAAAUUCCUUUUACAGAUAAUUUAAUUAAUAAAAAUAUUCAAUUACCAUUAAUGAUAAAUUUAUUAGAAUUUUGGAUUGAAAAAUUAAAUGAAAAACAACCACAACAUUUAAAAAUAUGUGAAAUUUUUAUAAAUUAUUAUUUUCAAAGUAUAAUUGGUUCAAAAAUGGUAUCUUUAAAUCAACUAAUUUAUUAUUAUCAUAAAUUAUUAUUAUUAUUAAAAAUUCAUAGAAUUGAAAUCGACCAUACUUUAUAUCACUCAUUUCAUUAUCUUAGAAUUAAAUCAAUUUUAUUUAUAAAAUAUAUCUUUUCAAGACCAUACAUUUUUAAAAUAUUUUAUCCAGAAAGUUUUAAAAAUUGUGUUAAUUUAGAAUAUUUUUUAACUGAAAAUAAUAAUAAUAAUAAUUUUAAUAAUGAAAGUAGUUUAUAUUCCCAUUUAAGGGAUAAACCAAAUGGAUAUGAUAUUAGAAAAUUAUUAAAAUCAAAUAAAUUCACAUUUAAUUUCAUAAUUUAUACAAAUAAUGAUGAAUUAUUUAAAAUAUUAAGAAAUGAUAUAUCGAUUGAACCUUCAAAUUUGAUGAUAUCCUAUGGUGAAAAAGAUUAUAAAGAAUUUUCAUACUUUUCAGAUUUAAAAUAUUAUUUAGAAAUUAAUAGAAUUGAUUUGUUUUUAUAUCAUUUAAAAAGGUUACCUCAAUAUAAUUUAAAACCUUUAUAUUUAUUACCACCAAGAUUAAAAUCAAAUAUUACCACUACCACCACCAAUUCAAUAUAUGAUUUGUUAUUAUAUGGUGAUGAAUAUUUAAAAUAUCAUAAACAAUGGGAUAAUAAUAAUGAUAAUAAUAAUAAUAAUAACAAUGAUAAUAAUAAUAAUAAUGAUGAUGAUGAUGAUGGUGGUGAUAAUGGAAUUAAUAUAAUAACAAUGAUAGUUUUAAAAAUGGAAUUAGAUGAAAUUGAUAUGGUGAUUGAAAUUUGUGGUGGUGAUGAUGCUAUCAAAAUAAAAUUAUGUAAUAAAAUAUUUCAAUUAUCAAUUUUUGUAUCUAGAAUUGAUAUAGUUUUCCAUAUGAUUAAAAAAUAUAAAAUAAAAACAUCACUUUCCCAAAAAUUUUGGAAUUUAUUAUCUUGCAAAAAUAGAAUAGUUCAAUAUUCUGAUUAUAAUUUAUUAAAGAAAUUAUUACUAAAAAUAGAAAAUAAUUAA